AUGGUGUAUGCUGCCGGUGCCAAGCUCCGGCCUGAUGAAGGACCCAUUCUUUAUCUUCCGGACAUCUUGGAAGAAGCUGCCAGACACAGCCCAACCGGUGGCUUCACCAUCUACGAGGACAGCGCAAGCUUCGAGGAGCUGAACGUGCACUUUGUGUCUUAUCCAUUUCUGCUGAGUGCCGCAAGGUCGCUGGCAAGAUGCAUCGUCGCAGCUACCGGAGGAGCCGAGAAAGGUGAAGAGACUUCCAGGAAAGUCCGCGAGAUCGGAGACCAAAAAACUCGGAUUAUGCUCGACCCAGACUUGCCUCGGCGGUAUUUGAUAAUCGCUUUCUGGGCCUGCAUGCUGGCAGGGAAACGGCCUUGCUUGCUCACCGUGCCGAGGACAUGGGAGAAGUCCCGAAGGCAGAAGUGGAUUCAGCAGUCAUGGGAGCAGCUCCGGUUCCCUCCUUUGAUUUCAGACUCAAGCUUGCAUCCCUUGAGCGAGGCGUGCUGUUCGCACAUCUUGUCACUCCCCCUGUCAUUGCACGACACUUCUCCAGAGCUUGGAAAGCACUUCGGGGUCGACACUUCCAGAGCUUCGGAAGAAGCCGUCGCCUUCUAUGCAGUCUCGCAAGAGGGCUGCAUCUACAGCUAUUCCGCUGAGGCCAUCUAUGCAAACAUCAAAGCCACAUCGGCUGUCCGGACCGAUGCGAGCUCACGGGGCAGCAGCAGUUUGAGCUGGAUGCCAUUCGGUCUUCCAACAGUGCUACUCUCUCACUGCGAAGCGGUUUAUCUAAGGCGCUCGGAAGUUCACUUCUUCAUGGACGGUCUGCUCAAGCCGACGACACUGCUCAAAAUCGUCGCGCGGCAUCGGCUCCAUGAAGUAAGUGCUCCUACGAUGUUCUUCCGCCGUGCAUUGCAGACGCUGCGGGUCCGUGAAAGCGCUGCAUUACCAGCGUGCUGCUUGAAAGGCCUUGCUGGCGUAAGGCAAUGGACAGUGCUGUAUGGUGGUGAAUUUGAUCUGUCUUGUCGAACGCGGCCUGGAGAGCUGGAAGAAUUUCAGAUGUUGAUCCUGCAGCUAGCCGGAAGCUCGCCAAGCGCUCUUCCAAGCUCACCGGCACAGUUCCAUAUCCAGCUCCUCUCACCAUGGGGCAAUGUCGUGGCGCACACUGGUCUUUUCACGCCUGCCUGCAGCAGGGAGUUCAGUGGUGCUUGUACGGUGGCAGCUGGCAUGGAAGCACGCAUUCGUGGGACAAUGCCUGGUACGAUCCAAAUUCGCGGCUUGGCGGCCUUGCCGGGUCUCGCAUGUUCGGCAGAUCUUCUUGAAAGCGGCUGGAUUUCAACGGGCCUUAGCGGGUCGCUGGAGACAUUUCCGAACUGCGAUCAUCACUUCCACGUCACCGACAUUCCAAGUGAAGUCUUCCGGGUCUCCGGCGUGGAGUACACAGCUGAGGAGCUCGAAGCGGCUUUAGAACUGGCCCCCGAGGUGACACCUGGGUCUGCUGCAGCUGUCAGGCUCCUAACACAAGGGCAAGAGAUGCCGCUUCUGCUCUUCAACCCCUCUGACCCACGUGCAGCAGAGCGGGAACGAAUCAUAAAAGCUCUGAGAAGUCACCUUGCAGUGACAUUGGGAAUUAUCCCAAGGCUGGGACCGCUGCCAGCCUCCCAGCUGCUACGCUCGUGGUCUGGCAGGCCAUACAGGGAACUGGAAAGGCGCACGGAGGUGCAGGAGUUCACUUCAGCCUUCCUGACAGGGAAGGCGGAAGAGUUGCUUCCAUCGGAAUGGGCCUUCGAAGAGGAGUACAAGCCCUAUCGGCGCUCGCCUGCGAACAACACUGCCAAUGAGGAAGACGAAGAUGCUCUGGAAGAAAGACUGGAGGGUGUUCAACAAACGGAGGAGUUACCUGAACAGCAAGUGUCGGGGCCGGAGACAAUAGCACUCGUGCUGAGCAACCUGAAGUCACAAGACACCGACUCAGCAAGGCUGGCGAAGGUUGUUUGUUCCAGUUUGGUCCAGACGUCGAAACCAGGCCUUCCACGCUGGGCGGCCUAUGAGGUGGAUGAUGUCGAGGCUCCCAAGCAGUUCCAGGAACUGGCAAAGACCGGGAAAGCCGCGGCUUUGGUACAUUUGCUUCAAACUGAUGCCUGGAACGCAAGCGACGUGACCAGCUUGAUAGAAAUCUUGCAAGCCUGGAGCAAGGGUCUGGCCACGCAGGCCCCGGAGCAAGUAUCGUCAGUCCUGAACAUACUUUGUGUGUCCACCGGACGCUGUGCUCACUUGUGCGGAGCAUCAUCGGAUCCUCGAAAGCAUCUGCUGACAGGAGUGCUGCUCAGUGCAUCAGCUGAGCUGCCGCUGCGUUGUUGCCAUGUGGACGCGGCACCUGGGCCUAGCAAUGCAGAGCAAGCUGAACAGCGGCAGACCAAGCUCGCGGAAACACUUGCUCUAACCGCCACAGAUUUGUUGACAGAGCUGGGGUUUCCUGCAGAGGUUCUGGUGGACAGUGAUGGUAACCGUCUCGCACGGCGGCUGAAGCCCAUGGCACUGGAGGUGAAAAAAACAGCUGGGUUAAACUUUCAAAGAGUGCUGAUGGCAGGCGGGGCAGGAGGAGUGGGCGCUUUGUGGGCACAGUUUCUGAAGGCCGAAACCUUGAUUCUUCUCGGGCGUUCGCCGCCCGCAGGAAAGCCAAGAGGCAAAUUAGAUCAAUUGAAGCACGCUGCAUUUGAGGUCCUAUAUAUUCCUGUGGACAUAUGCGACAAGCGUCGAUUGCAGGAUGCCUUGCAGAAUUGCGCUGCCCAGGACAUUGAUUUCGCAUGCAGCCUGUGCGAGUCCUUCAGGCCACUGCCUCUAUGCGACUUCGAUGGGACUUCCAUGGAUUUGCCUUUACGGAAGCUUUGCGGGGCGGAAAAUUUUGUUUCCGUGCUGUCAACGCAUCGUAAAGUCAAGAAGCUUCCCGUUCUUUUCACUUCUACGGCCGUGUCCGUGAAUGGGGCCGCUCAGCUCGCGCAGUACGCGGCAGGUGCGCGUGCCUUGGAGGCUUUCUGCGCUCGGGAGCGAUGCUGCAACGACAGGACUGGUUGUGAUGUCCGCUGUGUAGCGCUAUCCGCAUGGGAUGGCAUCGGCAUCACCGAAAAAUUUCCUCGACUAGCAGCGGCUUCGCCUGCGGCAGGAUUGAAGGUUCUGACAGCACACGCGGGAGUUCUGGCACUCGAGGCGGUUUUCCAGCGUUUUAGAGCACCCCGCUACGGAGUGCUUACAAUUGGUAUCGAUGCAUGUCAUCCGCGGUUUGCAGCACUCACUGGUGGAAAGCUCUGCUCCGGUCCAGCUGCGGGUACAACGUCGAUGCAAGGAUGCAUUGAAAUUGUACAAGUAGCCGUUCGCACAGUCCUGGGACGUGAUGCUCAGCUUGGUGACAGUUUUGUUCAAAUUGGGUUGGAUUCCAUGUCCUCAAUGUCUCUUCACGGUGCGCUUUGCGAAUCCUCGGGCGAUUCUUCGCUGCCACCUAGCAUUUUCUAUGAUAAUCCAACCAUAUUGGCGGUGGCAAAGCUGCUGCACAAGCAGGCAAUGGCUGCCAAAGGUCCACUUGGUGCCGGCAUGGAAGGCAUGGACGACAUUGAUGCUUCCUUGAUGGAAAGUCCUGAGGCACGGCAGUCGUAUCACUUGAGCCUUGCCCGUGAAGCCUUGCUGAAGAAGGACUUUGAAGAGGUUCGGCAUCGGUGCCAGCAAUGUUGGAAGCAAGGGUCGAUCGUCGGACAGGCCCAAGUUGUUGUUUCCCGACUGGAAAUCGAAGCAUGCCGUGGAUUGGGCCUUGCCAAUGAGUGGCGACAUGCUGCAGAGGCCACAGUCCGUCUUUGCGAGGACGUCUUCGGACGCGAUCAUCCCGACACCAGCAUAGCAGCUGUCAAGAUGUAUGAGGCCACAAACUGGGGAGCAGAAGGAGGGCUUCAAGCCCGCAGAGGUGGACCAGGAACCCCCAUGGAUGCAGCACAUGCGGCACUAGCUGAUCGGCACAAACGCUUCAUGUCCUCCGUCACAUGGGUAGAAGCAGCCGGCUAUGCCACAAGCUCAACAACUCAGUGUGCAAGUGUUUGGCUUGUGCCCAGUGGAAGUUCCGCCGGGAAGUUGCAAAUCUUAAACCUUGACGGCCAGAAGCUUAGCCAGCCAAGUCAGGGCCAAGUGCCUUGUUUAGGUGUGCUAGGGCGGCUGGAGGCACUAGAGACGCUGAAGCUGCGCCGAAAUCAACUUGCAGAGGUGCCAUCCGAACUGGGACGCUUGGUCCGGCUCCGCGAGUUGUGGUUGACUCAAAACUCUUUGUCGGAGCUUCCUGCAACUUUUGGCAAUCUCUCAAAGCUUCGAGUUCUGGCUUUAGAGCGGAACCGACUUGCCAAGCUACCUAGCUGCAUCUCAAAGCUUCGGGGUCUCUUGCAGCUGGGCUUGGAUGAGCAGGAGACAGCGAUGACAGAGCUUUGCACGGUUCCAGCAGCGGUUCUGUCCAUCUUGCGAGGCCGAGGUUGUCAGGCUUUGCUUCCGGCUCUAGACUGCGGAGCGAAGCAUGAGAAGCCCAACUUGAAUACCGUGUUCUGGGCCAACAACGGCCUCAGUUCGGAGCCAAAGCUUGUUGCCUUCGCACAGUCCCUGCGACUCCUAGACUUGGCUCACAACCGGAUCGCAAUGAUCACAAGCGAUAUUUUGGGGCUUCGCAACUUGCGUGAUCUCAGCCUUGCGGGAAACCUUCUGCAACAUCUACCUGCAUCCAUCGGCAGAAUGCGAUCUUUGCAGCAACUGUGGUUGCAUGGAAAUUAUUUGUCGGAGCUACCGGACGAGCUUGGGGACCUCGAGGCGCUUGCGAUCCUUGAGCUACACCACAACCGCCUCCUUUCGCUUCCAACCUCUCUCUACAGACUCUCACACUUGAACUGGUUCUUCGCUCACGGCAACUGCUUGACAGACGCGAGCUUCCUGAAGACUUUGUCACAGCUACCGAGGAUAAAGAUAGUCGGCCUCGGAUGCAACAAGCUUCAGCUGCACGACCUCGACCUCCGAAAACUAGGAAGAGCGAGCUUCGGCCUUGGUUGGAAUCCGGGGGUCGAAGCGGGGCAUCUCACAGAAGCUUUGACCACAAGCGACCUCUUCUGGGACAAGAUGGAAGAGGACACUCAGGAGGUUUUAGUCAUCACCUUUUCGGCCCAAGGUGCUCCCGUGGCACAGGGCCAGGCCGAAGUGCGCGCUUUGCGCGACUCCUUUCUAAAGGUUGAUGCGCUAUACGUUUGCGACCCCGCAAAUGCCUGGUUCAUGCAAGACCCAUCGCAGCAGUGGAGAGGAUUGGCGUACUUCGAAAAGAGGAUCUCCGCGAUUGCAGCACAGUAUCCGCGAGUUUUCGCAUGGGGUGGAUCCAUGGGAGGUUCUGCUGCACUGCUUUUCGCAAGCUUGGCGAACAGAGUGCACGCUUUCAGUCCUCAAGUGGACCUGGUCUACACAUGGCCGUCAUUUGCAACAGCAACUGUCCGUGAGGACUUCCGUCGGCGCGUUCAGGAGUCUGUGCGAUCUUGCCGCGGGCAUGUGCACGUGCAUGUGGGUGCCGAAAAUCACACAGACAACCGCCAUGCUGCCGCACUUCCUUCGUGCACCCUCAUCCACCUCCAUGAGACGGCCAAUCACAAUACGAUGAAGCAUCUAAAGUUGCGACGGAAACUGCUGCAACUCUUGAAGUUCGAGGUGGCAGAUCUGUUCAUGGAAGUCUACGCAGACAACACAGCACGGGAACGUCACAGUCGACAGGUUCUGAGCGUCUGCGAGGGUCAAGACUAG